AUGUCGGCGUACUCCCCCGUCCCCACGCUGCGGCCCGACGAGCGGUCCGACUUCCUCUCGCUGCUCGCCGCCGCCGCCCGCCCGCUCGCCGACGUCGUCGCCGACUUCCUCGCGCGGUUCCCCGCGAGCGCCGCCUCCGCGUCGGCGGCGCCCUCUCCUUCCUCCUCGAGGCAAGCCACGCCACGCCACGCCCGCGCCCUUGCCUCUCCCCGCUCCCUGAGCCUCCCUCCAGCUUUUCUCUUGCUUGCUUUCCUUUCGUCAGAUUGGGCGGGAGGCUUUGGCGGCGAGAAACGGAUCGGGGCUAGCUUGAGUUGGGAUACUAUUCACCUACCUUUAGUUCAUUUUGACAAGAAGAUGCUUCAUCCUACUGGCCGUUUAAUUGCAUUUGCAAUUCUUCAUCAGAGCUAUUCGCCGCAGACGGCAAAUCCAUAUAUUCCUAUAUUGUUAAAUGCAGCGUGUGAUGAAACGUCAGAGAAAUCAGAACGGGCAUUUGUCCAAUUAUUAUUGACUUCAUCUAGUGGAAACAAUAAUAACGAGGUCCUGAAUCAGUCUGCGGUAGAUUACAUAAAUGGAUCUGUUUCAGCAUGUCAGGAUUUUUUGCCUCGGGAACAACUUGAGAAGCAAUAUUGCAGUACUAGUGUAAAUUGCAGGCCUCAGAUUAGUAGUUUCAGAGCUGCUAUGGUUAGAAGUGCUAUACCAGAUCCAGACGUGCCUCAAAGUCUUCGAUAUCACCACCUGGAAGCAAACAGAAAUCUGCUUCUGAUGAUAGAGAUACUACUAUUGCUGUUUUACUCCAAGACAAAUCGGGGGGAAGGUUGGGUCCGCAAUGGAUUCGGCCCACACCCCCCAAGACUUCCUGUACUUGAUGGGGAGCUACAAUGGUUGAACCCUGACAAUAACCACGAGCUAUUAUGGGAUUAUAGCAUGUGUACUGACACGAGUCGAGGGGCUGCUAUCCGAGAUUUGAUUGCAAGAGCCUUAAAAGGUCCACUUGCACCUGCCCAACAGGAGCAAGUCAUAGUAGAACUGACAAAGGAUCCUAAACUGGUUUAUUACUGUGGGAUGACCCCACAGAAGCUUCCUGAUCUUGUUGAACACAACCCGCUCAUUGCUGUUGAGGUUCUUUCGAAGCUAAUUCACUCUCCUGACAUUCCUGGUUACUUUGAUGUUCUUGUGCACAUGGAAAUGAGCCUGCAUUCUAUGGAAGUUGUGAACAGACUUACUACUGCUGUUGACCUUCCAACAGAGUUUGUCCAUGAGUACAUCACAAAUUGUAUCCAAUCAUGUCAAAACAUAAAGGAUAAAUACAUGCAAAACAGACUUGUGAGACUAGUUUGUGUUUUCCUGCAGAGUCUUAUCCGAAACAAGAUUAUAAACGUUCAAGAUCUUUUCAUUGAGGUACAAGCGUUCUGUAUUGAAUUUUCACGGAUAAGGGAAGCAGCCGGUCUAUUCCGGCUACUCAAAUCGUUGGAAUGA